AAAUGAAGGUCGGAAGCUACCCCGUAAUUACUAAUUACUUAAUUAGGAGAGAGAGACACAGAGGGGAGGGAGGAGAGAGAGAAGGGUUCUAUUGCAGAAGAAGAUAAGGCCGUCUCUGAGGUAUCGACCAAGAUAGUUGCAGAGGGAUCAAUUGAAAUCCUAGGGUCCCUUUUCGGAUUGCGCCCCGUUAGAUUGGACGGGGAUUUAUCUAUGGCGUCCCAGUUGAUCCGUGAAUGGAGCGGCAUUCAGCAGUUUCCAGCGGCGACACAGGCCAAAUUGCUUGAAUUAUUGGGAAAGCUGAAGCAGGAGAAUGUGAGCACGUUGACCAUUCUAGUGAUGGGGAAAGGUGGUGUUGGGAAAUCUUCAACUGUGAACUCAAUUACAGGAGAGAGAGCAGUUGCAGUCAGUGCUUUUCAGUCUGAGGGACCAAGACCUGUGAUGGUUUCACGCUCGAGGGCAGGAUUUACGUUGAACGUUAUUGACACUCCAGGCCUUGUAGAAGGGGGAUAUGUGAAUGAUCAGGCACUGGAUAUGAUAAAACGAUUCCUUUUGAACAAGACAAUAGAUGUUCUACUAUAUGUGGAUCGCCUGGAUGCAUAUAGGGUAGAUAAUUUGGAUAGGCAGGUUAUCAAAGCCAUAACAGAUAGUUUUGGUAAGGAGAUAUGGAGUAGAGCUUUGGUUGUCCUCACACAUGCUCAGCUGUCACCCCCAGAUGGACUGCAGUAUGACGAUUUUUUCUCCAGAAGGUCGGAGGCUCUUCUAAAAGUUAUUCGUUUGGGAGCCCGGAUACGUAAACAAGAUUUCCAGGGUACUGCUAUUCCUGUUGUUUUGGUUGAGAACAGUGGGAGAUGUACCAAGAAUGAAAGUGAUGAGAAGAUAAUUCCAAAUGGGAUUGCUUGGAUUCCCAAUUUAGUUGAAACAAUCACGCAUGUUGUAUCUAAUGGGAGCAAGGCCAUUUUGGUCGACAAGAAGUUGAUUGAAGGGCCGAACCCAGAUGCAAGAGGGAAGAUCUUGAUUCCUUUUAUUUUAGCAUUCCAAUAUUUCUUUGUGAUAAAGCAGAUACAACGAGCAAUCAAAGACGAUAUUGCAAGUGAGAGUAAACCAUCCUGGGAGCUGCGGGAUAUGGGUUCGGCUAGCCGCAAGUUCUGAUUUGGCAAUGAAUCUUCAUCGUUGUGAAAUAUUCUGAAUGUUCAUUGUGGUUUUGGUUUGUUGAUCACACCUGUUUAUUUUCUGGUCUUUUUGUUUGAGGUAGGACAUUGAUGUUGUAGUCUGCAGUAGCUUUAACCUGCGGCAGAUGGAUUUCCCCGUGUUUUGAGAGGACUGAUUUUGCUGUAAUAGUUCUUGUUAUGUGCUUCCAUUUUUGCUACCGACAUCUCAACUUCACUUCCUCAUUUGUGUCUCA